AUGCAGCCCCAAACUGACGAACAAGAACAAACUAUUAAAAACAAAGAAGAGACCGGCAACUCCCCACAACAAACAGAGCCAGCAGCCGCAGCAGAAAAAGCAGCAGAUACAGCAGUAGCAGAUACAGCAGCAGCAGCAACUGCGGAAACGGCAGAAGCAGCGGCAGGAACAACAGCAGCAACUGCAGAAACAGCAUCAGCAACUGCAGAAGCAGCAGAUGCAACUGCAGAAACAGCAGAAGCAGCAACAGAAACAGAAGCAGCAGCAGCAGCAUCGGCGGCAACAGCAGCAGAAUCGGCAGCAGCAGCAGCAGCAGAAUCGGCAGCAGCAGCAGCAGAAACAACAGCACCAGCAGCUGAAACAGUAGCAGCGGAAGCCGAGGCAGCAGCAGAAACUGGAGCAACAACAGCAGCAGCAGAUACAGCAACAACAACAGCAGCAGCAGCAGCAGAUACAGCAACAACAGCAGUAGAUACAGCAACAACAGCAGCAGCAGAAGAUACAGCACCUACAGCAGCACCAGCCGCUCCAUCAGAAACAACAACAGCAGGAGCAGGAGCAGCAGCAGCAGAAGCAGCAACAGCAGCAGCAACAGGACAAGAUGCUGGUGAAUCUGCAGAGGGAACAAACAUGUCUUCGUCUGAAUCACCAGGAAGGAGAAAAGUCAUCAAAACUUUGGCUGUACUUGGAUCAGGUGUAUAA